UUUUUUUUGUGCACGUUCAUACUCAUUGUAGACCACACUCGACUGUCAUAUCACUUUAUACUAUGCCCGAGAAAGUUACUCUUUUUGUAUAUGACCUGUCUCAGGGCAUGGCUCGAGCCAUGUCCAUGGGUCUUAUGGGUCGACAGAUCGAUGCCAUUUAUCAUACCUCUGUUGUUGUAUUCGGACAUGAAUUCUUUUAUGGCCAGGGCAUCAUGAGCGCUAUUCCUGGAACAACACAUCAUGGACAGCCCAUGGAGCGUAUUGAUAUGGGCACAACCGAGAUUCCUCAGGAAGUCUUUAUGGAGUUCAUGGAUGAGAUGCGACAAACCUAUACUGCAGAUGCCUAUCAUCUCCUUGAUAACAAUUGCAACAACUUCUCGAAUGAUGUAUGCCAAUUUUUAGUAGGGAAAUCUAUUCCAGCUCAUAUUACAUCUCUUCCAACAGACUUUUUGAGCACCCCCUUUGGACAGUCCUUGAGACCGAUGAUUGAAAAUAUGUUUGGUCCAAGUCGACAUCAACAAGCUCCUCUUUCUGUAGCUGCAGCUGUUGCUGCAGCAGCCUCUGGGUCUCCUGCUGCUAAUGCAUUGGCAGCAAACAUUGCAUCUGCAGGAGCAUCAGGAACCGCCAUCCUCUCUUACGCAACAGAUUUAACGCAGCUUCAAAACUUGAUUCGAGAUAACGCCGCAGUAGCAGUCUUUUUUACUUCAGCAACAUGCCCUCCUUGUCAUACUAUUGCUCCCAUUUUUGACGAGAUGAUCUUAUUGAAGAAUGGUCAGAUCAAGGGCGUUAAAGUGGAUGUUAGUAUGCCCAUGACUCAGGAGAUUAAAAGAGCGUAUGGAAUUCAAUUGACACCAACAUUUAUGUUCUUCUUGAAAGGGGAUAAGGAUUCAGAGUUUUCGGGCGCAAAUCAGGCAGAGUUGAGGAGUAGUAUCGACUCACUGAUCUAUGCUGUUCAUCCAGCUCAUCCGCAUGCUCGUCGUGAAUUCAAAAAUUACAAUAAUCUCUCAGGAACACCUAUUCUUUUCCUCUCACUCGAUAACUUGGAUCCACCGUUUACAAAGCUUAGAUCACUUUUGACCUCAGGGAACGGUCUUUCAGAGUCAGAGCUCAAGCAGCUGGACAAGAUCCAAGCUUGGCUUAAGAAACUGGCCGAGGCGAAAAAGAAUAACACUACAGAGCCUUCAUUAGGAGAGCUGGGUGCAACAUGGAAACCAUUAUUGACGAAGAUCAUCGGACUAUUACCCUAUGAAAAUCAAUUCCCAGUUCUGGAUAUCAUCCGCAUGCUGAUUAUUCACGAUCGUGUGGCAGAGGUGUAUUCCAAGGAUGGAAACUUGACAUUAGUCAAGGCCUUUGAUGCUGCUGCAACUCAAUCAGCAGAGCUAUCGAAAUCUACUCUCACUCUUACGCUUCGGCUUGCCUGUAACGCCUUUGGCGAUCCCCUCCUCGGAACCUAUGUUCUCUCUUCAAAAACACGCGAGUCUCUCAAGCAUCUGUUGGUCAACAUGCUUCUGUCCUCUGUGGAUCAGCACCGUCAGACUGCAGCAUCAUUGGCGUUUAAUAUCGGAGUCAAGAUUGCGGAAGCUAGAGACAAGAUUACGAACGUAAAGGAAGCUUCUCAUAAUCCGCCUGUCUUCGGGGGUGGCCUUCUUUUGGAGGGACUAGAGGGGGAUUGGACCAUAGAAUGCUUGAGUGCUAUUGUAAAUGCCAUUGAGAAGGAGGGCUCGGAGGAUAUUCUGCAUCGUCUUAUAGCAUCUGUGGCUAACUUCAUAUACAAAGAAGAAAGCUUUUCGGGCAUUGAGUUGCUGAGUACCUUAGAUUUGAUAGGUACGCUAGACAAAAAGAUGCAACAGACCAAGGUCAUCAACAGCGAAAAUGUUAUAGGCCUCUGCAAGGAGGUCCAAGACAUGAUCCGAAUCUCUGUCGCAGAGCAGAGAUCACAUUCAUAGACAUCGUUUUAUUACUUCAUAGAAUAAGUUAUUCCAUUAAUCAAAUACGUUAAAUAUUGGGUAU